CCUCAAAAAGCAAUAGUCUAAGCCAUUGCUCUAUCUGUUCUUUUUUGGUCGAAGCUCUAUCUGUUCUUUUUUUUUUUCAGUGACAUAUACGAUCACCAUGAUCUCAAAGCCACAUGCUGCCAUCCUCUGCAGCCCUGGCAUGGGCCAUCUCAUCCCUGUCAUUGAGCUCGCAAAACGACUUGUCAACCACCACAACGUCACUGUCACCAUCUUCGCAGUCCAGUCGAAUACUUCCAAGGCCGAAUCCGAGCUCCUCAAGGCAGCCACGAGCCCGAAAUUCUGUGACAUCAUUGAACUCCCACUGCCGGAAAUUUCCGGCCUCCUUGACCCCGACGCCGGUAUCGUUACGAAACUCUCAGUCAUGAUGCGAGAAAUACGACCUGCUUUUCGGUCGGCAAUUCUGGCCAAGGACUCUCCUCGUCCCACCAUCCUUAUCGUGGACCUCUUUGGCACUGAAUCUCUCCCCAUUGGCGACGAGCUUGGAGUUCCCAAGUACGUUUACAUUGCUUGCAAUGCAUGGUUCUUAGCGUUGACUAUCUACGUGCCAAUUCUUGAUAAGGAAGUGGAAGGAGAGUACGUGGAUCAGACUGAACCGCUGAGGAUCCCGGGUUGCAGUCUGGUUCAGCCUGAAGAAGUGGUUGACCCGAUGCUGAACCGGGCCGACCAACAAUAUUUGGAAUACCUACGUAUCGGGGGAGAAAUGCCACGGAGUGAUGGAAUUUUGCUCAAUAUCUGGAAGGAUUUGCAGCCCAAAACAUUGGAUGCAUUCAAAGAUGAGAGCCUCUUGGGUGGAGUGCUUAAGGUGCCGGUUUAUCCUAUUGGACCUUUGACAAGAGCGGUCCAAUCAGCCGGUCCAACCGGUUUAGGGGACGGAGACUUGUUUAAUUGGCUGGACAAGCAACCCAGUGAAUCUGUGAUAUUUGUGUCAUUAGGCAGCGGGGGAACUUUGAGCUAUGAGCAAAUGACAGAGAUGGCGUGGGGUUUGGAGCUAAGCCAGCAAAGAUUCAUUUGGGUUGUUCGACCACCCACCUCAAAAUGCGCAGAUGCUGCUUUUUUCACUUCAGGGAAAGGAGAUGAUGACCCAUCGAGCUAUUUGCCCGAAGGGUUUUUGACCCGAACCCGAGAGAUUGGGUUGGUUGUGCCUAUUUGGGCUCCCCAAGUGGACAUCUUAAGCCAUCCAUCAAUAGGAGGGUUUUUCUCACACUGCGGCUGGAAUUCAACCCUAGAGAGCAUCAUCAAUGGAGUGCCGAUGAUCGUGUGGCCUCUCUACGCAGAGCAGAGGAUGAACGCCACGUUGUUGAGUGAUGAGCUUGGCGUGGCCUUGAGGUCUAAAGUUCCUCCAUGGAAGGGAGUGGUUGAAAGGGAGGAGAUAAAGAGAAUGGUGAGAAAGAUAAUGGUGGAGGAAGAUGGGUUUGCAAUAAGGGGUAAGGUCAACGAGCUAAAACUGAGUGCAAUCAAAGCUUUGAGCCAAGGUGGUUCUUCAUAUAAUGCACUGUCUGAAGUGGCAAGUAAAACUAAAUGAGCAUUAAUUAUGCUCGUGAUGGAGGAUGAGAAAUGGGUUAAUUCUGGUGGAAACUAUUAAAUAAAUAAAGUGGCUCGAAGAGUUUCUGGUAAGCGUGAGCAUGACACGAGAUGGUAAAGUGGGUAGGCAGAUAAACCUACUCACGUAGCAUAUAUUCCUUUGCCAAAAUGAAUAUGUAAAGAAAUUUUCUUUUGUCCCAUGGUUCACGAACUUCACGGACUCGCUGGAAUGUAGUUUUGUGAGACCCACACCCCACACCCCACACCCCACACAGACAGACAAUUGAAUAAGUGAUGGAGCCUGGAGCCUGGAGCCUGGAGCCUGGAGCCCUCCACAAUUGGAUAAGUCUCUCUCUACAUCUUGUAAAAUUAUUUAUAAUAUCCUGUUAAGCUA